AUGGAGAAUCCUGUGAGAGUGAAGACUUGGGUGGAAGAGAACAGGGCCUCCUUCCUGCCCCCAGUAUGCAACAAGCUCCUGCAUCAAGAGCAGCUCAAAGUCAUGUUUGUUGGGGGCCCCAACGUCAGGAAGGACUACCAUAUCGAGGAGGGGGAGGAGGUGUUUUACCAGCUGGAAGGCGACAUGGUUCUCCAAGUCCUGGAGCGAGGGAAACACAGAGACGUGGUCAUCCGGCAGGGAGAGAUAUUCCUUCUGCCUGCGGGGAUCCCCCACUCACCGCAGAGGUUUGCCAACACUGUGGGGCUGGUGAUUGAGCGGAGACGGCAGCAAACAGAGCUAGAUGGGCUCAGGUACUAUGUGGGAGACACCGUGGAUGUCCUGUUUGAGAAGUGGUUCUACUGUGAGGACCUUGGCACACAGUUGGCUCCCAUCAUCCAGGAGUUCUUCAACUCUGAGCAGUACAGAACGGGAAAGCCCAUCCCUGACCAGUUGCUCAAGAAGCCGCCUUUCCCCCUGAGCACACGGCCUGUCAUGGAGCCCAUGUCCCUGAAGACUUGGCUGGAUGGUCACCGCAGAGAGCUGCAGGCCGGCACACCCCUCAGUCUCUUCGGGGACACGUAUGAGACCCAGGUGCUUGCCCAUGGACAAGGCAGUAGCAAAGGCCCCAAACAGGGUGUGGACGUCUGGCUGUGGCAACUGGAGGGCUCCUCAGCGGUGAAGAUGGGAGGACAGCAUCUAAGCCUGGCCCCUGAUGACAGCCUCUUGGUGCCAGCUGGAACUUCGUACUCAUGGGAACGCGCACAAGGCUCUGUGGCCCUGUCUGUGACCCAGGACCCCACCCGCAAGAAGCCCCUGGGGUGA